AUGGCGACAAUAUUCUGGCCAUCCUACAUGUGGCCAGUGAAUUCCACAUUCUACCCGUACGUGGCCAUCUGCAUGCACGUCCGAACGCAUGCACGCCCACGCACACACAACCUGCCUAGGUUUGACCCUCGCCUUGCUCUUGUGGUCUGCACGGGGACAGCUACUGGACCUAUGUACAACCUUUCUCGCCCAGAGUAUCGAUCAUCGAAAUGUGUCGCAACUUUUCGAAGUGGCCCAGACCUAUCGGCUUCCCGCCCUGACCGAGGUGUGGACCCCCAUUCGCUAACCGAAAGCGCUCCUCUUACACACACGCACAAGCACCAAAACCUUAACGUGCCAUCGGAGAUUCUGGUUGUGCAGGCCAUUCUCAACUGGCUUGAGGCACAGCUUGUCUCGACACCUGCGGCUUCAGCGUGUCCAGAAAUCGGCGACCGCGCACACCAGCUAUUCGCGCACGUGCGCUUUCAAUAUCUCACCUCUCAGCACCUGGCCACUGUACGAUCUGGCCGGCUCUCUGUAAUGAAGCAGCCGCGCCUGCUGACCCUGCGCUGUGGAAUGGCAGGUUGCCCACCACCCAGUCUUACAGAAGUUACAGCUGGACAUGACCAUGCUUCAUGGGACGUGCCCAUGAAGGUCGCUCGGGCGCGCUUUGGAUGUGCUGUGGUCCGUCAACUCCUGUACGUCGUCGGUGGCACCAACCGAUCCGAGAUGCCCGAAACCUCGAUGGAGGUCCUGAACACGAAGGCAUCAAAAGCGAGGCGUGUGUGGGAACCGCGGUCCCCCUUGCCAGCACCACGGUCCGACCACAGCGUGGUAGAGCUACGUGGACGUCUCUAUGUUAUUGGCGGUUACGGUGGACUUGAUACUGAAGUAGUAUCGUUUGAUGCGUUUUACGCAGACGUAUGGACAGAACGAGCGCCUUUACGCUUGGCUCGGGCCAUGGCUGCCUGUGUCGCCCACGAUGACCAGAUCUACGUAGUUGGUGGACAGGGUCCAGAUCCCUCAGUAUCGCUCACGCGUCGCCGUGCCCGCAUCAGCUGUCGGCUGGACCAGCGCGAAGAUGGGCCAGUGUUGCGUUAUUCCGGGGGCGUGACCCUGCGCGACUAUCCGGACCCGGUUUUAUCCCGGUUUUGCCACUUUAAUGCCUCCCACGUCACUCCUGCCCCGCAAGCACCGAGAGAGGUGGCCUGGCUUCAUGUACCCAAGUGCGUGAACCGAUGGUUCGCUUUGCAGUACGCGAUGGGUGCUAACCCAACGAUCCGUGGCGGCAACUCAGGUGUGGAUCAAGCUUGA